AGACCGAACACCGUGCGUGCGUGUGCAUGGAGUGUUUUGUUUUAUUUUUCCGGUUCUCUGGUACAUCUCGGCGAUACCGUAAGCCCAGGUGUCCUGAGAUUGAAGGACGACGGCAGCAACAGCUACACCAUAGUUGAUCGUAGGCAACGCAAACGGUUAUCGUAAGGAUUAUCGACGUGGCUGAAUCCUGAAAGAGCUACUAGCGGAAAACAUUUGAGCGGUGGAGAACCUUAGACUGCUGCAUUUUUAUCACAUUCAAACACGCUGCUUGCUGCUGUUUGCUGCUGCUGCUGCUGCUCUAGCGAAAAGGCUUGGCCUACGAACCCCAACAAAUACCGGUUGUGUCCUGUUGCUCUCCCGCACCGCAUCGUGCAGGCCUUUUUGGCGAGUGUGACGCGUACACACUGCGGACACUACAGACACGUAACCAGAGAACGCUUUCCAGGGCGUGAAAGGCGGAGGCGAUGCGCGUAACCAACAUCCGCGGUGGCCGGAUAUUCCGGGUUGUGCUGGGCGGUGCGAUCUUCGUCUUAAUCCUCUACAUGAUUGCCACCUGGAGCGGUGUGAAUCACCACACGGUGAAGGAGGCAUAUCAUGCGCGAUUCGCUAACCGUGGCGGCCCAGGUGAGCUGGCCGGUGGAGACGGUGCCGAGUCCACUGCCGAUCAAAAUCACCCGAAGGAGCUGCCCCAGCUAGUGGAGGGGCGGGGCAACUUUGAACCACGCGAAGUUACGGAACACGAAGGACCGGGCGAGGGAGGCCGUGCGUUCGUGCUGCCGGAUGAGCAGCAAAAUAUGGCCACCGACGCGGAGAUGGAGUACGGUAUGAACAUCGUCGUGUCGGACGCGAUAUCGGUGAACCGUACCAUUCGCGAUACCCGGCUCGAGGAGUGCAAACACUGGGACUAUCCGUACCGGCUACCGAAGACGAGCGUCAUUAUCGUGUUUCAUAACGAGGGCUUCAGUGUACUGAUGCGCACGGUGCAUUCGGUGCUCAACCGCUCGCCGAAGCAUCUGCUGCACGAGAUCAUUCUCGUGGACGACUAUUCGGACAAGGAGGAUUUGCGUGAAAAGCUCGAACGCUACGUUGAGCGAUUCGGCAAGCUGAUAAAGCUGAUUCGCAACACCGAACGUGAAGGGUUGAUUCGGACACGGUCGCGCGGGGCCCAGGAAGCUAGCGGUGAGGUGAUAGUGUACCUCGAUGCUCACUGUGAGGUCAACACGAACUGGCUGCCACCACUGCUCGCGCCUAUCCAUCGCGAUCGCACCGUCAUGACGGUGCCGAUCAUCGACGGUAUCGAUCACAAGACGUUCGAGUAUCGGCCGGUGUACGCGGACGGGCACCACUAUCGGGGCAUCUUCGAAUGGGGCAUGCUUUAUAAGGAGAACGAGGUGCCGCGAAGGGAGCAGAAGCGACGUAAGCACGACAGCGAACCGUACCGAAGCCCGACGCACGCCGGUGGCCUAUUCGCAAUCAACCGCAACUUCUUCCUCGACCUGGGUGCGUACGACUCGGGGCUGCUUGUGUGGGGUGGGGAGAACUUUGAGUUAAGUUUCAAGAUCUGGCAGUGCGGCGGGAGCAUCGAAUGGGUGCCAUGCUCGCGCGUGGGUCACGUGUACCGCGGCUUCAUGCCGUACAACUUCGGCAAGCUGGCGAGCAAGAAGAAGGGCCCGCUGAUCACGAUCAACUACAAGCGCGUGAUCGAGACGUGGUUCGAUGAGCCGUACAAGGAGUACUUCUACACACGUGAACCUCUCGCACAGUACCUGGACAUGGGCGACAUCACCGAGCAGUUGGCGCUUAAGGAGCGCCUGCAAUGCAAAAGUUUUCAGUGGUACAUGGACAAUGUAGCGUACGACGUGCUGGACAAGUACCCGAUGCUCCCCGCAAACCUGUUCUGGGGUGAGCUACGAAACAGUGGUAUGGAGAAGUGUGUUGACGCGCUCGGUCGGCAACCGCCAGCGAUUAUCGGGCUGCAACCGUGUCACGGCCAGGGCCACAAUCAACUGAUUCGACUGAACGCGGCCGGGCAACUUGGGGUGGGCGAGCGAUGCAUUGAGGCGUACAACGCGGACAUCAAGCUGGCGUUCUGCCGACUCGGCACCGUCGACGGACCGUGGCAGUACGACGAGCACACGGGAACGUUGCUGCACCGGACGCAUAAAAAGUGUAUGGGCUAUCAACCACAGAGCAGGCAGUUGGCGCUCAUGCCUUGCGACAUCAAUAAUGCCUAUCAGUCGUGGAAAUUCAAGAAGAUUCAACCACGCUGGUAGGCGCACAGCUACGCGAUACCAAGGAACGCCACCGGAGCGUGGAGCACCGAUAGCGAGGAACAUUGACUGUUUGUUAAAGGCAUUUUCUUCGUUUGUUGAACGAGUAUGUUGUGUAUUAAGAGUAGGGAAGAGAACGGCGUUAGAACAGGUGCAGCAGGCAUGAGCGAGGAGACGACACAGCCAGCGACAGGCGAAAAUUUAGUGAGAAUGUAAUUAGACAAAUCAGUGAUACGUGGCUAGGAGAUGCUUUCGCAAAACAACCCAAACCCAAACAAAUAGCAUUCUAUUGUAAACAACACAAAAAUCGUCGAUGUUUGACGAACUGAGAUAGUGAAAGAAAGAUUGAGAAGGACAACGAGAGGACGAAGAGAAGAAUGUGUUCGUAGCUUUUUUUAUUCUUGACUGUUGGGCAAGAUACGACUUGAUAGACUGCAGACGUCGAGCCAAGGGACGAGAACAAUAUUUGAACCCGUACUGCCACAUUCCGCCCAACACCGACCGAUUCGAUUACCGCCCUUAUUACCCUUGAUGAUGUUGGGUAAUUUUACAUCGUUUUUAAUUUGUCUGCCCCUGACACUCUGAAAUUGACCAUUAAAAGAAGUAAUCGGUAUAUUGUUCUUGCCUUUUUAUCUCGAAGGUGUCUUGAUCCUAUUUUCGGUCGCAUCACUUAAUA